AAGCGGCCCGGGCGGCCCCAGGCUUUCCUUUUCCGGUGUGGGCGCCGCGCGGUGAGGAGCUCGCGUGUGCUACGCUCGCUGCCAUGCCGUCCAAAGGUCCACUGCAGUCGGUUCAGGUCUUCGGACGCAAGAAGACCGCCACGGCCGUGGCGCACUGCAAACGCGGGAACGGCCUCAUCAAGGUGAACGGACGCCCGCUGGAGAUGAUCGAGCCGCGCACGCUGCAGUACAAGUUACUGGAGCCUGUUCUGCUUCUGGGCAAGGAGCGAUUUGCUGGUGUGGACAUCCGGGUCCGUGUGAAGGGUGGUGGUCAUGUGGCCCAGAUCUAUGCUAUCCGGCAGUCCAUUUCCAAAGCCCUGGUGGCCUAUUAUCAGAAGUAUGUGGAUGAGGCUUCCAAGAAGGAGAUCAAAGACAUCCUCAUCCAGUAUGACCGCACCCUGCUGGUAGCCGACCCACGGCGCUGCGAAGCCAAGAAGUUUGGAGGCCCUGGGGCCCGAGCUCGCUACCAGAAAUCCUACCGAUAAGCUCAUCACAAGGAUUAGGUUCAUCUUUGUAAUAAACGUUGGGUUUUUAAGGCU